AAUAUAUAUACAUAAUUAACUAGAGUGGUAUUGAAUCAUGCUCUGUGUGGUGCGUUACUCAGGCAAGUUUAGCCUCAAGCCUUCGCAGAUCAUGUUGCACCGGUGGUAUCCCCGCGUCUUCUUGAACCUUUUCUCGCCACCAUCGUCGUAAUAAGCUCGCCGGCCAUUAAUUGAGGAAUGCUUGUUCGUGAAUACAAUCCUGAUCUUGUCGCGCCCCGAACCGUCUUCAGUUGAGUUCACGAGGUAUGAGAACCCUUCACAAAACUCGUCUUCACGGCGGGUGUGCAUGUAGUGGCCAAAUGCAUCCAGAGUAUCUUUGAUGAGAGCGGGCGGGGCGGUUGCUGGACGCUUGUGGGCCGUCGAGACGGAAUAGUGCUGCAACUUUUUCAGCUCGAUGAGAGCGCAGCACCGAAGCCAUAUCCUCCGCACGUUGCACCCAGGAGCUUGAACUUCCUCGGCAAUGUCGAAGUCACACACCGAGAAGUCAGUAAUCGUAAGAUUGUGUUCCAUGGCGGACACCCGAAACUCUUCCGCAUAAUGCUGAAGGGUGGUGUAAUGGCAAAGCUCGUUUAUGGCCAUGCUCUUGGGAUCGAAGCCCUCGUACGAGAAGACGUUCGGCUGGUACAAAGUAGCGUGCUCGACAUACUUUGGAAACUUUGGGUCGACAGCUUCGGUCAAGAAAAGUGUAUAGCGACCAAUGUCGGUCACACCUUGACGGCGAAUGCGAACGUUCAGAACAGGAGCAUCGGCGCGAGUCCACGUUGAGGCUACUGGCAUUGGUUUGGGUUUGGAGUGUUCCCCGCCGUUACCGUCUCCUUCACCCUCUUGGCCACUUCGACCAUCGCUCUCAUUCUCUGCACCCUCAACCUCAUUCUGUGCACCCUCAGCCUCAUUCUCUGCACUGGCACCCUCGUCCUCCGGCGGCACUGGCGGCAAUUCGGGCUCCUCCAUCCUCCCUGUCGUCAACUGUACACGCAACAGUUCUGUUCGCCACUCCGAACCUGGUUGUCGAGAUGAACACUAAAUUCAACGGAGAUAUGAUUAGACCGAACAUACCUUCCUGGCUGGAUGCACUGCUCAACGACGACGACGUCGAUCCUGAGCGUCUACGGUCGACGUUGACAGGUGGCGCCUUAUCUUUGCCCGUGUGUCCAACGACGAUGUCCUUUUCGCCUUCCACAUCACCAACCUUCCCUCUCUCUACGACGGUUCUCGUGUUUGCCACCCCCAUCCCAUCUCCAUCCGUACCAACCCUAUCUUCCUUCGCCUCCCGUUCGCCUGCGUUCACCUCAACACCGCUUCCGUUACGUUCAACAUCUCCGUUCGCUUUCGCAGGACCUCCAACUGGGACCCGUUCACCACCAGGCCGAACUUCGAUUUCGUUGAGUACCACUAUGAAGGCGAGCAGACAUCCCGGCCCUCAGUAAACCGCCUUCUCGACAUUAUGAAAGCACAGCGCAUCCUGGACGGGCAAGCUAGCUCAGAAGGUGGUUUUUUCAACAACUACGACGAACUCCUUGCCGCGAUCGACGCCAUCAAGGUCGGACCGACGCCUUGGACGUCCUUCAUUGUUCGUUGGAAUGGCCCAAUCGACGACUCCUCACCUUCCUGGAAGCGCGAAGAAUACAUUGUCCACUGUCGGGAUAUCCGGCAGGCUUAUCACAGCAUGAUCAGCAGCCCGGAGUUUGAUGGAAAAUUCGAUACACGUCCGUACAAGCGCUGGGUGAAGGGGAAGCGAACAUACUCGGAUUUAAUGUCUUCAAUUUGGGCAUGGGAUAAAGCGUCGCAGAUCGCGGAGGAUCCUGCGACUCACGGCGCGAUGCUGGUCCCCAUCAUCCUCGGUGCGGACAAAACAACUGUAUCGGUGGCGACGGGUAAUCAAGACUAUCAUCCGCUUUAUACCUCCCCUGGAAAUGUUCAUAAUGAUGUACGACGUGCGCACGGUGAGGCGCUUAUACCGAUCGCGUUUCUCGCUUCACCGAAAGCUGAGCGCGAGAGUGAUGACGAUGCAGAGUUUCGUCUCUUCAAAAAGCAGCUCUACCAUGCGUCCAUCGCUCAAGUGCUCCUGCCUCUCAGAGAUGCAAUGACGACACCUGAGCUCGUCCGCUGUCCUGACGGACAUUAUCGGAAAGCCAUCUACGAGAUCGGGCCCUUCAUCGCUGAUUAUCCAGAGCAAGUCAUCCUGGCGGGGAUUGUGUCGGGCUGGUGUCCAAAGUGUCUUGCAUCGCCACAAGAGCUUGACGAUAUCGGUGAUCCGCGCUUUCGCGAACACACACAUCUCUUGAAGGAGACGUACAAUCACGAUCAUGGGUUGGUGUGGGACGCUUACGGUCUUGUGUUCGACGUCAUCCCUUUUACAGACCACUUCCCACGUGCUGAUAUACACGAACUCCUAACUCCCGACCUGCUUCAUCAGCUCGUGAAGGGCACGUUCAAGGACCACCUCGUAGAAUGGGUCGAACAGUAUGUGUACGCAACCAACUCGGAGAAGGAUGCAAAAGUCAUCAUGGACGACAUCGAUAAGAGAAUCUCGGCUGUGCCUGCAUUUCCAGGCCUUCGCUACUUUCCAGUUGGUCGACGUUUCACGCAGUGGACAGGUGAUGACUCAAAGGCUUUGAUGAAGGUAUUUAUUCCGGCUAUCGUUGGCCAUGUUCCCGACCGGGUCGUCAAGGCUAUCGUCGCUUUCCUCGACUUUUGCUAUCUCGCACGCCGCCCUUCCCACACUGAGGAAUCUCUCGCGGAGAUGGAUCGGACCCUGGCGAGAUUUCAUUACUACCGACAGGUCUUCGUCGACGAACAGAUUCGCACGAGCUUCUCUCUUCCACGCCAACACGCACUGGUCCAUUACGUUCGCAGUAUCAGACUCUUCGGUUCACCCAAUGGCAUCUGUUCGUCGAUCACCGAGUCCAAGCACAUUCGCGCUGUCAAGGAACCAUGGCGCCGUGGAAGUCGAAAUCAAGAAGCUCUUCACGGGAUGGUUAUGGCAAAUGUUCGGAUGGGGAAGAUCGCAGCGGCGAGAGCAGAUUUUGGUGCUCGGGGAAUGCUAAAUGAUGAUGUGGUUACGGCGGCGUACAAGGAUGUCGGAUUGUAUGGGGACCAUCGCCCGGGAACGGGCAAAGGUGGGGAUGAGGAGGACGAGUCAGAACUGGGUGAUGCUUACGAGAAUGGUGAUCUGGUAGUUGAUGUCGACGACGACGACGACAAGCCUGCACCCAUUGAUGUCGAGCUGGCAAAGGAGCAUUAUUCUCGUUCAUUCGCCGAAGAUCUCGCCCACGAUACUGGUAUCCCUGAGCUCGUCACCCUCAUACGCCGAUUCCUCUUCGACCAACUAUAUCCCGAACCAGAACUGAAUGCCGAAGACAUGCCCGUGGGCGACUGUCCGACGAUCGACGACAAAAUCGCCUUGUACCACAGCGCACGAGCGAAGUGGUAUGCUCCCAGCGAACUCGCAGGCCCAAUGGGGAUGCACUCGGAGAUUAUACGGAGCACGUCCUUAUGGUUUCGUCGAUAUGAGCGGCGAGACACGGUGCUCAUCAACUAUGGAAGCGAUGACGAACCUAUGCAGGGUAUGGUGGUAGGAAGGGUGUUGAGGUUCAUGAGUGUGCCACAUGAUGGGGAGGACUACCCGUGCGCUCUCGUGGAAUGGAUGUUUCCUGUUGGUGAUAAAAGAGACUCAGUGACGGGUAUGUGGAUAGUGCAGCCAGAGAAGGAGGAUGGGAGACGGGCGGUGGGUGUUAUUCAUUUGGACUGUAUCGUUCGCUCGUGCCACAUCAUCGGUGUUUAUGGUGAAAUGCUCCUACCGAAGGACUUCAAAUUCUGGGAAUCACACCGUGCUUUCAAGGCAUUUUAUCUCAAUAGGUACUCAGAUUAUCAUAUGCAUGAGAGUGGCCCUGUAUAGACAGCUUAGAUGUAUCUGUAUUUACC